UAUUAUUAAGGGUGGAAAAAAAGGUUUCGAAACGACUAACCAAAGGGAUAAAGCGAGACAGCAAACCGAGGUGAUAGUCUCGCUUACACAAACAGCAAAAUAUGGCCGGCUAUAGAAGUGCGCACACGCGAGACGCGACCAAUCGGAGCAUUGCGUUUCGUUUUUCCAGCGUGCGGUAGAAGUAGGCGGGUGUUUUAUCUCACCACCCCGAGAGCGAGAGUGGGACGGGCGGUUUGUUUGUGCUGUGCGUGCUAAGGAAGUAAGAGAGAAGCACUGCAAUCCUCUCAAUUCUCCACACACACGCUCGCUCUUUCUCUUUCUCUGUCGCUCAGCUCACCGCAAGCGAGGGUUUGAUGGAAGUUUCGUCCAUCGGGUUGUUUAGUAGCAAAUUCAUUUUGUACCGAAAACUUGUUGUCUAAACAUCUAGCUCCACGCCGGGCCGGGAGUGUUUUUUUUCCCGCUGUUGUUGUCUCUCCGCAUGUUCAGCGUACCGUGUGUGUGUGUGCGUGGGUGUGCGUGUGUAGGGAAGCUCCUGACGUGACAUUCUACCUGCUCCCGUACUAGCCUACUGUAUGUGUGCGUGUGCGUGUGUGUGAGUGAGGAAGUAAAUAAAGAAGAAGAGUAGAACGAGAGGGAGAUAAGCGAGAAGGAUCAGUACAACAAAGAAGGAUAACGGACAGGACUUGCCUUACGGGGAUCAAAAAGGAUAACCACCGUACGGUUGCCAGAUCAGUAGUUCAGUUAAGCGAUAGCAGCGGAACAGUGAACACAGUGCUUCCGUGCCUCUGUGUGCAGUCAACAGUGCACAGCUAUUUAAACCAAAUCGUGUGUGUGUGUUUGUUGGGUGAAUAGAAAAGACUUGGUACUUGGUGUCACAGUGAACAGUUGAUGUGAAGUUAUUUGAACAGCAAAAAAAAACAUUGAACAUCAGUCGGGGAAAAAACAUUGAAACGAAAUCGCACUGAAUGUGACCCGCACAGUGCACAGUGUAAAGAAGGUCGCAUUGACUCGUGAAGAAUUAAGACCGAAGCGGUUAGUUUACCAGCGACCAGUAAUAGCGCACACAGCCGUGCCCACCGUCGUGUAAAAUGUCUGUGAAAUCGGUCCCAUCAUCAGCAGCAUCGUCAGCGUCGUCUUCGUUGUCGUCGUGCAGUGAGAUAAGCAUCGAGGAACUGCACGCCCGUUCGUCACCAGACUUUUCGUCGGAAUUCACACUCGCCAACAUUAAGCAGGAGCCGCGUGCCGGCACCGUGUCCCCGAUACUGACACCACCACACACACCCACGGAGGACAGUAUUGGUGGGCUGAACGCAUCGCAAACGAUCAUCACGACGUCGCCAACGUCGCACCACCAUCUGCAUCACCAGCAUUCGUCGGGUCACCAACCGCGGCACAUUCCGUUGAACCAUUACCAUCCCUAUCAGUACGAGAUGGAACGUUCGCGGACGACCGCCAUGCGUCAACAGCAGCAACAACAGUUUCUACAACAGCAGCAACACACCCCAACCGUCGGUCAGGAACUGUUGGGUGGCGCUUUCGUGCCCCAGCCAACCGCGCAGACGAUCGUGAGUGCUGCACCGUCGACAAACCCGAUCGAGGCCGCAUUCCUGUACCAACAACAGCAGCAGCAGCAACAGCAACAACAGCAACAGCAACAACAUCAUCAACAACAGCAGCGUCUGUGGCAGCAACAUCUGCAGCAAACCGGUUAUCAUCCAGCGGCAGCAGCCGCAGCGGCCGCCGCUGCCGCCACCCUGCCCGGUGCCUAUGCUCAUCCGCAUGCUGCGCUUAUGCAGCACUGGAUUCGCAAUGCCGCCCUGUACCAGCAGCGUAUGCAUCCGCAUGCCCAUGCCCACCCGCACGGACCCACCGUCGGGCACCAUGCGCACCAUCCCUACCCGAUGUUGGCGGGCGGUCGGCCCGGUUUGAAGCUUCCCGGCCAUCAUCAUCACGGUGGACCCGGCAGUGGUGGUGGUGGUAGUUCGCGACCGAAGAAACAGUUCAUCUGCAAGUACUGCAAUCGCCAGUUCACCAAAUCGUACAACCUGCUAAUUCACGAGCGCACGCACACGGACGAACGGCCCUACUCGUGUGAUAUUUGCGGCAAAGCAUUCCGGCGGCAGGAUCAUCUGCGCGAUCAUCGGUACAUCCACUCGAAGGAGAAACCCUUCAAGUGUUCUGACUGUGGUAAAGGUUUCUGCCAAUCGCGCACUCUCGCCGUACAUAAGGUGACACAUCUGGAGGAAGCACCACACAAGUGCACGAUCUGCAAUCGAACGUUUAAUCAGCGGGCAAACCUGAAGACGCACAUGCAAAGCCACAGCACACCGCAGAGUGUUGGGACCGGCCAUUCGCUGGGCGGUUCAAUCGAACCCUUGUUGAAUGGUCCAGCAUUGGAUCUGUCCCAAAAGUCAUCCUCCUCAACUACCGAGGAGAAGGACAUCAUCGUGGACGAAGACUUUGACGACGAGGAGGAAGAGAUCGAAGAGGAGGAAGAUGUGGAGGAGGGCGAGAUGGAAGGUGAGGAGGAGGAACACCUCGAUCUGGAAGGAGACGGUGAAGGGAUCGGUGUCGAUGUGAGACGGAUGCUGCUACUAGAGCAUGCGAGUAGUACCGGCACGACUUUGCAUACACCCAGGCGUAACCAAACAACAACUGUCACCACGAUGACUACGUCAGCAGGACCGACGACGGUGACCCCAAAGCGAUCGCUCGGUUUCUCGAUCGACGAGAUCAUGCAGCGAUAGAGAGAGAGAGAGAGGGAGAGCGAGAGAAAGGAAAGCAAACAGAGGCUAAAGAGAAGAAAGAGAGAGAGACAGAGAGAUGUUGAUGUUCCUUACCGUCGUAGUCCGGGUGCACAAAGUUUUUUAAGGUUAUGUUUAGGGUUUUUUUUUAUUGUGAGAGAGGUUUCCAAGCUGUUCUCGAAACAGCCAGAUUUGUAGGAUAUUAACGCAUUAAUCGUCUCAUACCGCCAUAGUUAAGCCAAACAAGACGGAAGAUCCCAACAGUGUGGCAGUCCUCAGUGUACGCCUGAAAAGGGUAGUCUGUGUGCGCGCCCAAAGAACAGGGCGCGAUAAUUGCGCUCGACAGCGACACAUAGGCGAAAGGGAG